AUAACAUCAGAAGGACAGCGGCUGCAAAUUGUGCGCACAUCACUUUCGGAUGCUGGCAACUAUUCGUGCGUGGCGCUCAAUCGUGCUGGUGAAGCAUCGUUGGACUUCGAAGUGGAAAUACUCUGUACGCAUUUGGCUAGUGAAUAUUGUCGAAAUUUGGAAAAUAGACAUAUUGCAUCCGUAAACGCAGCAUAUGCGCGACGUAGGGAAGAACACUUAAGGCUACUUGCGGAACGCAACAGGCAGCGCCACGAGGAACAACUGAGGGAGCAAACCAGAUCCUAUAAAGUAGAUGAGUCUCGUUAUAUUGACAACUAUAUUUUCCCUCCAUCAUCAUCAUCAUCAUCAUCAUCAGCAGCAGCAACAACAACAGUACUACCUUGUACUGAUUCGGAGUCACGUACAGUACAUUCACAGUAUUAUACUGCGACCAGAGAACCAGCUAUGGUAAUCCAAUCAUACACACUGAAAUCGCGUGCACAUCAUUCUCGUUUUCAUAGCUUCAUUAGAGAUGAGCAUUAUCGUGAGGCAUUAUCAGCCACUCCGCUUUAUCCCUAUUAUAAUUAUUCAUUGAUUGGUGUUACUGCUCCGCCACGUCUAGAAUCUUCACCUACACGCUUAAAAGUUCGGGUUAGAGACGGCAGACUCGGCUACAGCUCAUACACGCAGGAUACAGGGCCAGUUUCAAGUUCCGCCAAUAGGUUUCUUCCAAGAUCCGACUUUGCUACAUUAGUGCAACGACCAAAUCUCAGAAAACAGAAACUGACUGUGAAACCGAUUACAAGUUUUCAAAAACUGCGGUCACAGCAGCAAGAGAAAGCAUUAUCCAAAGCAAUUAGCCACCAAAAGCCAUGUAUUCCCAAAAGUGAGUAUGAUAUUAACAAUAGAGUUUUGUUAAAUGAAGGUCAUGAAAGCGACCGAAUCGAACUCAACCGUGCAGUUUCUGGUCAUCGACUUCGUCGACCGCAUCAUUUUCAUCAUCGAUAUCCAGAUUAUUCGGAUGACAGUAGAUCCAAAAUCUGGGCUUAUACUGGAGUAAAUGAAAAGAAACAAUCAGCGGAAACUAAUGACGUAGCUCGGUCUUGUGAGGAAUAUAAGGAGAAAUAUCCAUGGGGAGGCAAAAGACUUCGUUUCCAACGCCAGUGGCAACCGUGGGAUCCGGAUUACUCUGAUGAACCGUGGACGUCGUGGUACUCUUAUAAGGAGCCCAAAAUACAAAGACAGCGACGAGAGUUGCUUGGGCAAGCUUGA